AUGUCUACCCAACAAUACAUUGUAUUCUCCUCUUCUCUUCGCCAUCGCUCAGUCUGGAGUGUUCUCAGCCCUGUUUUCGAGGCUGCUGAUAUUACAUUAGAAGAAUCGUUGGUCAAUACACACGACCUUGAGUUUCAUCUUCCUGAUCAAGAUAUUUCACUACGCGCCAUUCUCGUCACGCCCUCUUGCCUUGAGGAUGCCAGCAGGCAGGUCACCCUGACUCGCGCAGAGCAGUUUGCAACAGUGAAUAGCAGCCGUGUUAAAAAUUCACACUUGGCCAUCGUAUUCUUGCUCUCAGAUAAGGCGUUUCAAACAGCUCGUGGACGCUAUAGAGCUGAUGGCCUAGUUUCUCUACAGGCCCUAAUCUUCCAGUCGCAAUCGGCUUCGGGUUUGCCAAUAAUACCGGCAGCAGAACCAUCAACCGUGUUGGCGUCGGUCCAAGAACAUUGCAACGCUCUUGCGCGCGGCCCAAUCUCGCAUCCUUCGUUUCCCCCACCAUCGCCUCUGUCUCUUCUAGAGUAUGUGGUUACCAGUGGACCGAGCCAGUUACCGGCAAAGCAUAACCUAAAUGUAUUGAGUGAUCUUUUCCCGUCACUACGUGCUUUGAGCAGAGCUGCGACAACUCCAGACGGCCGGCAACUCAUUGUCGACUAUCUUGGAGAAGACCUGGCGGACAGCAUACAGGCAUUCUGGGAGCAGGAAUGGAACCUGGAAAGUGGUACCAUGCUAAAUUACAUUCAUAUUUUCUUCCUUGGUUUCGCUGCUGUAUUAGGUCUCGUCGUGUACCGGCGGCGAAGCCAUGAUGCCCAGGAACCACCACUUGUGACCAGUUCCAUCCCGAUUUUCGGACACUUGAUCGGAUCGCUCUGGUAUGGCAUUCCAUAUUUUGGCAAGCAAGCCGAGAAGUACUCAAUGUACCCGAUGAUCUCGCUGGAUCUGAUCGUCGUCAAGAUCUAUGUCAUUAGCUCCCCAUCCUUGAUGCGCAGUGUCCAGCAAAACUCCAAGGCUCUGAGCUUUGAUCCAUUUAUAGAAUUCUCCGCCAGGCGCAUGGCAGGCCUCCCCGCAUCGACAAUUGAUUUGCUGAAAUCGAAGCAAGCAAGUGGCAAUUCUCUCUUUUCAGAUAUACUGCAUGGCAUGUCGCCUACAUUACUGGGCGAGCCUCUGGAUCGCAUGAAUGAGCGCAUGAUUCGGUUGCUACGGCCUUUCAUCGAUGGAUUCGGAAGUAGUACAAGCGAGACGAUCGAUUUGUACGAGUGGAUUCGCCAUGCAGUUACGCUCGCCAGUACCGACUCUUCAUACGGCGACAUGAACCCUUAUAAGGACCGCAAGAUUGAAGAUUCAUUCUGGGACUUUGAAAGUUACCUCAGUCCGUUGAUAGCGAAUGUACUACCGUGGCUAACCGCACGCCCGGCUUGGAAGGGGAGAGAGAAACUUGCCAAUGCCCUGGAAGACUAUUAUCACAAAGGUGGACACGAAAACUCCUCUGAGCUAACGCUUGCCCGAUUCAAAAUCCCACGCGAUGCAGGCAUAACUCUGAGAGAUAUUGCUCGGUUGGAGGCCACCAUGGCUUUUGGGUUACUCUCCAACACAGUUCCAGCGGCAUUCUGGGUUCUGUUCGACAUAAUCUCCAGAGACAAACUCCUAGAAGAAAUUCGCGAAGAAGUACGUCAAAAUGCAUUGCAUAUCUUGGAGGACGGCACGCACAUGAUUGAUCUAGCCGAUCUGCGUGACGAUUGCCCGCUCUUGAUUUCUACAUUCCAGGAGAUUCUCCGCAAGAGGACAUCCACAUCUCCCACGCGUUUCGUCACCAAAGAGGUUAUGGUUGGUGAUCGUUAUUUGUUAAAAGAAGGAAACGUUGUUAUGAUGCCUGCAAUCUCCAUUGGCCGAAAGCCUGAUGUCUGGGGCUCGACACACGACGACUUUGACGCGAGACGAUUCAUGAAGACCACGACGACGGCCUCAGAAAACCAGACAGAGGGAAAAAAGGAUCCUCGACGCGUAGGUGGCUUCAUGACGUUUGGAGUCUCGCCAGUCAUUUGUCCCGGCCGACACUUUGCUAGCGGUGAGAUAUUGGGCUUGAUUGCUAUGACAGCUCUGCGCUUCAAUUUGUUGCCUGUUGGAGGGAUUUGGAAGGGCCCGAAGACGAAUGCAAUGGCCAUCGCAUCUAUCAUGAACCCACUCAAGGAGCCAUUCCAUGUCAAUGUGCGCCCGAGGAAGGCGUUUGAGGGCAAACGGUGGGAUUUUAGUGUAACAGAAGGCAAAAGUAAAUACCCGCUGGUGAUAGGAUAG